UGCUCAAUGUAUUUCUGAAGUUCAACACUAGGGAGCGAGGAAAGCGCUCAAAAGGGCCGUUAGCGUCGGAUUUCAAAUUGCAUGUCAGGAGUGAUCCGGAGUGCUGAACUGUACCUUCAUCAAACGCGUUGACAAGAACGAUUACGGUCCAGAACUCGGAUUUUUUCUUCUAAUUGAGAAGAUUAAUCAUCUCAAUUCGGAGCCUAGUUAGCUUGGGCGUCAAGCUUGGAUCUCGUAACUAGCUGGAUUUUCUGAUAUUAGGUAAAAACAUAUUCAGUGUUUGUAUACAAGUUGCAUAAAGUCUAAACAAAGCGUGUGAAUGUCUAAAUGCACCUGAGUACCCAACGAUUCACCUGUGCUUCGUAAACAAAUAUGGCACAUCGGAAGUCUAUAGGAAAUGUUAUAUUGCAAGAUGGAACUCCUUCAGCAAAUGUAUCAUCUCCGUUACGUCGUAGGACCCUGGCUGCUCAAGUACAAGUCGAUUUACCAAAAUCACCCACACAAAAUGAUGACGAGAAUGAAAUAAUAGCUAGGCGCAGGCCACCAGUGCCAGUCGAAACUCCUAAAACGUUGGACAACUCAGAAAGACGUGUUUCCCUUGGACUGGUCGGCGCCCUGUCCAUCAAUGAGAUAACGGAGCACUAUAAUAAAUGUAUCAAAUUAUGUGCAGAAAACAAAAUUACAACCAAGAAUGUUUUUGCUUUGUCUGUAAUCGAUUACAUAGGUGUUGUGACCAAACGAGACCAGAAUAGUAACAACAUGCAAACUGCAGGCACCACUAUGGACGUCAGUGCAAAAAUUUAUGGGCUCAGAGUAGAUUGUAUUCAUGGUGAUAUAUUUAAAAUGGCGGGAACUUCGGAAAACCAGAAUAAGCAUGAUGUGACAGAAAAUUCUGCUGGAAAUUCAGCAAACACAAGUUUGGUAGAGAAUCGAGAAGUUGGGGAGAAAAAAAAACGUCGCGCUAAGAAGAUUCUUGGGACAAUUGAGAGUUUGGCGGGCAAGCCGGAAACCUUAAAUUUAUCUUCAACAAACGAUAAUAGCGACCAACAGACCACGGAUACGCUCUUGCAAGUCACUUUUCCCAUUCAUGUGUUCAAUGGACAAAGUCUUCACCUAUAUGAAGAUGUUUUAUUAGAUUUCGCCCCACAAAAAACCAAGGAGAACAAACAGACUUGUGAAGACGUCAUUGUUCCAGCUGUUGAAAAUUUCGAUGAUCUUCAUAUUUGCAAGAUGUUCCAGGACUUUCAUAUGAUUGGUUGGUCUGAGGCUGAUAUACCUGAAUCGCCGGAUAUGGACACUACUCAAAACAAUGAAGAUUUCAGGUUUGAUAUGGAUGCAUCUGUCCCCACCCCUUGCCAGGACAGCAAUUUAGGGAUGAAUUAUUUUGAUCUGGAUGAAGCAAGCCAAGAAAAUAUUGAUAGAUGUGCAAGAAGGGGAGAGCCUGCUGAGCACAUUGUAGAUUUCAGUGGGUUAGUCAGAGCACCUGAAGAGGAGAAGACUUUGGAGUACUCAUAUGUGCAGAAAAAUGUAACGCUGCAUUGGGCAGGUCCUACUCACUGGAAGCCAAAAUUAUUUCCCAGAACACAAAGCAAAGGUGAAAAAACUGUAGAGAUUCCUCGCCAGAAAGCUGGAAGAAAGGCGGUGGAGCUAAUAUUGGAAUUCAAUGCCAACUAUAUCGAGGCAAUGCUAAAAAAUAUGACUCGUAAGAUUAAACAGCACUUGCAAAUGAAAACGGUCAUGCGUGCUUGGAACGAGGACAAAGUAACCCUCCCAGAAGAUUUGCACUAUGACGAUACAGCUCCCACUAAAUAUUACCACUGGUCUUUCAAAGACAAAUCUAUUCUGUGGCUGUCUAAACCAAAUGGAAAACGUGAUCAAAUGGAUCCUGGAACCGACAGGGAUGGAGAUGCAGCAGUGGUAGAAGAUGGCGUAAACUACGAUUAUAGUAACCAAAAUGAUACACUGGAUUAUUGUCCUCAUGAUAACGAUGCUGAGGGUUACAACGAAGACGAGCGAGCUGAAGAGCAGAAUCAAAAUCCAGAUGAUGUCUUUGCUACACAAGGAUUUAUUGGUGAUAAUCUGGUCGCUGCUCCAAAAUCUACUACUCAAAUUCACAUCCAAUAUUCUACACGGGCCAAGCAAAUUGACAUGAAACAGCUGAAGCGUUCGAUUUGGAAAUCAUUGACGGAUAAAAAUUCUAUUGUAAAGGAGGUAGAUGAGAAUCUUGGGCAGCGUGAAAGUGAUAUGGCUAAUUCAAAGAUGAAAGAAGUACGUUGUUUCAGCGACAUUUACAAGAAGCUUCCCAAUAUCUUAGCCAAGACUAAUGUUGAUGCAUUGACUCCUGCACUGGCCUUUGCAUCUUUACUGCACUUAGCAAAUGAGAAGACGCUAUGUCUUGUGCCCACGCCUGAUAUUUCAGAUUUAAAAAUAAUGCAAGGAUGAUUGUUGUCCAAAUAAACUGAUCGUACCUCUGCAUGGUUUAACGUGUACAUAUUUAGUAAUAAAUUAGAGUGUUGUUUGUUAAUACCAUGCAAAUAAUCUAAUCAUUUUUAUAUGGAAUCAGCAGUGUCAUCUAUAUUUUUAUUAUAUAAUGCUGGAUUGAUCUACUUGCAGAUCUGCUAAUAUUUGAAUCGUUUAUAUUGUAAUUUAGUUUAUAUUUCAUCAUCAUGAGACCUCUUGUGUGAAAUCCCAUGUGGUCUAGUGGCUAGGAUAGCUGGCUUUCACCCAGCAGGCCCGGGUUCGAUUCCCGGCAUGGGAAAUAUUUUGUUAUUUUUUACAGCUAAAAGUUAUUUCAAGAUUUGUUGAUAAACGCAGUGAGGAAAUAAUAAAAUAUCAAUUAUGAAUAAAAAGAUAAA